AUGACCCUCUCACGAACUGCCACCAGCCGAUCCAACCACAGCCGGCACUCGAUAAAAAGCUCUCAUUCCCAUCCCAAGUCACACUCACAGUUACAAUCGCAGGAACUUCCCCCAGUCACCAAGACUGAGUCGUUCGAAGCGGCUGCUGCAAAGGCCAGCAAGGGAGAGGACAGUGAAGGUCCAGAUCCGCUGCUGGGUUUCCUAAACCACCUAUCACCGCAGCAGUCGGAAGCGCUGACAAGCUUCAAAUUGGUCUUGAAGGAGGAACAACUAUAUACCGAAGCGCAUGGUGGAGCUCGUGCCAGCCAUGAUGAUUCUACUUUGCUGGUGACUGACGUCUACCUUCUUUGUCUUUUUAUCCAGUAUCCUCAAUGGACCGGCCGGCGAGAUCGUCGCGGGAUCCCCAUAUACGUUUACGUGAUAAAGGACCUAAACAGCAAGAACAUGGCAGCCUACUCGUCCAGUGCCUCAGCGGGCAAGACAUCUGCAACCCACACCUCCUCCAAAGUACUCCCACGAUUACUCCGUCUCUUUGCCCUGUACGAGAACAUGACCCAGUUUGUGCUACCGUUGUGCAGUGAUCUGGGGCGUCCCCACCCUGAGACUCCAGUUGUGAACACGACGAAUAUCGUGGACAUUUCAGGGGUGGGACUGAAGCAGUUUUGGAAUUUGAAGGGUCAUAUGCAGGAUGCGAGUGCCUUGGCGACAGCGCAUUAUCCGGAGACUUUGGAUAGGAUAUUUAUAAUCGGAGCCCCCGUCUUCUUUCCCACCGUCUGGGGCUGGAUCAAGCGCUGGUUCGACCCUGUGACAACGUCAAAGAUCUUCAUCCUGUCCGCAUCCGAAGUGAAAUCCACCCUCAGCACCUUCAUGGAACCCUGCAACAUCCCAAAGCAGUUCGGUGGCGAGCUGGACUGGAAUUGGGGUGACAUGCCGUCACUCGAUGAGCCGGCGAAAGAACUUGCAGGCAUCUUGACACGCGUUGGAGAACGGGGUGUAAACGAUGUCUCCGCCACAGACCUCACCACGCCCGCCAUCGGGGAUACAAGGAGGGAUUUCGUCAAGGGACCUGUCGUGUGGAAUAACGAAACUGCGGAGAUUAUGGGGAGUGUGGAUGGGGCAGAUCGGAGGAGGGCUAUCACUCUUCCGAAGAAGGAACAUAGCCAGGGUGAUGACGGUUUUGGAGCUGGAGCUACAGGUGUUGAAGCGCUUGCUGAGAAAGAGAGAGUGGUGAAUGGUGAUGGGGGCGGAGCAAACACAGAUUCGGCCACCGCGGCGGGCCUUGCUUCUGUGGAAGUGGACAAUGAAAAGGUUCCUGAACCGGCGUCUGCACCGUCUAAUAAAGUUUCGCCAACAGCUACAACUGCGUGA